CUUUCCAGAACAUGGCUCCUAAAAUACCUGUUUGAGUUUGUUUGGUAGUCUCCUCUCAUUGAGCAGUGAAAUGAGAAAUCAUCUUCACCACCACCCAUCUCUCUCCCUCACUCUCCUCUUCUCUCUCUCCGUCGCCGCCGGCUCUCUCUCCAACCCCAACUCCAAACACUCUCUCCGUCGCUUCAGACCCGUCUCCUCCGCCACCCCUUCUCAUCUCAUCUCCCUCCUCGGCUCUCCUCAGCAAGCUUCCUCAGUCAACGCUUACGAAGCUCGCCAGCUCCAGUCUUGCUUCAAGUUCAUUGUUCCCUUUGACCCGACCCGACCCGGAUUGGAUUUUGGAUCUGGGGUUGACCCCGUUCGGCGUGUGCUGAGUGGGGGAGGUGUGGAGAGUGGACUGGUCGAGGCGACCCGACCCGGGUUUGGGUCGGGUUGGCCGGAAAUGAGGAGGGAGGAGGAGAAUGAAGCUGUGUGGUGGCCACCGGAGGCGGUGAGGGAGCUUGCGAGAAUUGCGGUUGAUUCGGGCGGGGAUGUGGGGGCUAUACAGUGGGCCUUGGACCCAAGUAUUAUACCUGUACCUGAUAUUGAAGGAUCAAAGGAAAACCGAUGUGAGCUAACAAGAACCCCUUAUGGACUGCAGUUUAUAAGUGAGGAUUUGAAUUCAUACCUAGAAUUUUUAUUCAAUCUUAUUGCUGUUCGAGGUCCUGAUGUGGGGUUGAAUGUAUCACUUAAUCGCUAUGACUUCUUUCAUGGUCACAUUUUUCUUGCCUCUGAUUCAGGGAGGCUUGGUAUAUUGUUUCAUGCAAAAGAGUACCCAGCCUUUGACAAAAAUACAUUUCCCUACAAUAUGGGCUACUGUCAAGCAGGGUCAAAUGUGCAGUACGAUGAAUCAAUGAACCUUCGGAAUAUUUUGUGGCUGGCUCCAUUGCCUGAUACAUCCACUACAGCUUGGUUGGCACCUGGAGUCCUGGUAGUCUUGGAUGCACGUCCAGAUGGUAUCAUUUAUAAAGAUCUCAUCCCUAGAUAUGCUCAUUACGUAAGGACCUUAUAUGAAGAGGAUUUUGGAGAAUGUGUAGCUGAUGUCAACUACCUGAAUUGUGGAGGCGCAACGCCAGAAUAUAAGAUAUUUAUAUGUUGACACCCUUGAAAGGGAUGUAAUUCAGUUGUGUUUACAGAUAUAUGUGUACGAGACACCAACUUGUUGCUGACUGCUUGUUAAAGAUCAUUCGAAUCUCAAACUCCUGGAAAUGUACGAGUAAAAGGGAACUAUGUUGCUGAAAUAUAUAGCAAAGGAAGCUGUUUCCAGAGGAAGAUGUUUGUCGUCUUUUCUUGACCUUCCAACAUAUGCAACAUGUAUGCAGGAUGGCUGAGCUCUUGAGCGACAAAUGCGACGAGUUUUAGAUAUAUAUAAGAUUGCAAGAGGUUCAAAAACUGUUGGACUGCGCAAUAUGAACAAGAUAAAAUUAUAUAUGAACUCCCGACUAAAGUUUGAAAUACAGCAAGGAAAGUGUAAAGAAUGUGAAAAAAUGGUAGUACUUGAGCGUCCAUCUCGGCGAUGGUACACAUUUUAAAACUUUAAUGACAAUGUAGGUGGUAUUUACAUA